AUGGCAGCAUCCCCCCACGACCUCAUCCUCCCGCACACACACAUCCUCCUCCGCCUACCCUCCGGCGCCCCGCGCAUCCUCGUCAUCACCCCCGACACCACAAUCUCGCUCGGCAAGUUCGGGUCCUUCCCCGCAAACGCGCUGCUCUACCGCCCGUACAACCUCACGUUCGACAUUCUCGAUGCGCCGCAGUCUGGCCUGCGCGUGGUGAGCGCCGCCGAGAUCACGAGGGAUGUGCUGGGCGGCGAGGAGGCAGAGGCGGAGGCCGGCGAGCACUAUCGGGAGGAGGCGGAGGAGGCGAUGAGGAAUAAUAGGGAGACGGUGGACGAUCCGGCCGCGCAGAAGAUGAGCUGGGAGGAGAUUGAGGAGGCGAAGAAGCUGGGGUCGGGGUCGGGGAGGGACCUCGUCCAAAAGCUCCUCUCCUCGCACACCGCCCUGCACCAAAAGACGCCCUUCUCACUGCAAAAGUACACCCUGCGCAAGACCAAAAAGUUCCUGCGCCGCUUCACCGUCCUCCCGCUGACCGUCAGCGCGCUCAACAACUACCUCCUCGAGGUGAAGGAGCCGCAGAAGAUCCUCGACCUCCGCGAUGAGACCCUCGGCCUCAUGCUCUCGCUGGGGAACGUCCACUACGGCGGCCGCUGGCUGGUGGUCGAUGAGACUGGCGGCCUCCUAGUAGCCGCUGUGGCAGAGAGGAUGGGACUGCUGUACCACACGCCCGACCCCACCACCACCGCUGCCACCGAAAGCGCCGACCUCGCAGACGACACCGAACCCGCCGACACCACCACCGAAGCCGACAGCACCCCCUCUGCGCGCCCCCCACCGCGCCACCCCCCGGCCCCCGCGCCCCUCAAGACCGCCAACACAAUCACCCUGAUCCACCCCAACGAGCAGCCCAACCUCUCGCUGCUGAAAUACUUCUCCUACGACACAAACAACCCCACGCCCUCCCACCCGCUGCACACACACCUGUACACACUCAACUGGCUGCAGGUCGUCUCGCCCCAGUCCGACAUGACGCUGCAGCGCCCCGCCGAGCCGCCGGGCCUCGCAGACCUCAAGGGCGGCAAGCGCGGCGCCUACUACCGCAAGCUGCGCCGCUGGCAGCACGUCAAGGCCAUCGCGGACGACACCGCCGCCGGCGGGUUCGAUGGCCUGUUGGUCGCGGGGUAUAUGGAGCUGUCCGGGGUGCUGCGGUGGGCGGUGCCGCUGCUGCGCGGGAGCGCGCAGGUGGUGGUGUAUGGCAGCUCGAGGGAGCCCGUGGUGGAGUGCGCGGAUCUGUAUAGUAGUGCACGGAAGGCGGAUUGGAUUGCGGCGGGAGGGGGCGAGGGGCUGGAUCCGACGUUGUUGCUGGCGCCGACGGUGAUGGAGGUGAGGGCGAGGCGGUAUCAGGUUUUGCCGGGGAGGACGCAUCCGGUGAUGACGAGUAGGGGCGGGGGGGAGGGGUGUGUGUUGGUGGGGACGAGGGUGGUGCCGGUUGUGGGAAGGGUGGAGGCGAGGGGGGUGUGGAGGGGGGGGAAGAAGAGGAAGGAGGAGGAGGGGGAGGAAGGGGAGGAGGCGGGGAGCCCGCAGAAGAGGAUGAAGGGGGAGAGGGGCGGGUAG